AUUAUGUUAUAGCUUAUUAUGGAACACAACUUUGUAUUGGACAAGUAAUUUCUAGUUUUUAUGAAGCAUAUAGAUAUCAUUCUUAUAACCAGGAACCAAUUACCAAUAUUAAAAAUAUAUCAUAUUUAACUCUUAAAGUUUUUACUCCUAUUCGUAAUAUUUUUUUAGCUGAAAUAGAAGAGG